CACCACGUUAACUACAAUUGCAAUCUCUCUCUCUCUCCCUUUCCGUUACCUUUCUAUAUAUAGAAACUAGUUCCAGUAUAUUGUAAUUGUAAUGGCUAAGUUAAGUUUCUCGUUAUGCUUCUUGCUGAUUCUUCUGAUAGCCACAGUCGCCACCGGAGGCCGUCCUCUUGAGCAGACUCCGGUUGGGCUGAAGGUGAGAGAUUUAAGCCCUUCUAUCAAGGCUACGAGCCAGACUGUGGUGGAUGGUGAAGCUACUGGUGGAAGCGGCAGCCAAGGCAAAUCUCCAGAACGUUUAAGCCCUGGAGGAUCUGACCCACAACAUCAUUAGUUAUUUAGGGUUUCCUUUAUAAUUAAGAGUUGUUCUCAAUUUCUUCGAGACAUGUAUCUCUUAUCAAUAACUUGUUGCAGUGAAACUGUUUUUUUUUCUUUUGUAGUAAAAUUGUGAAUUUGUUUUUGUGAGAUUAUUACAAAAGUAUAACAGUUUUACUGAUACAUUAUUCUAAGUUUCGGUAUCGUACC